AAAGUAUACAGGAAACAACACAAUAAUAAUAUUCUCUACCUAAAUUAAGAACGGAAAAGUAAUCUAUUAUUAAUAAUCUAGUAAUAUUUUGAUGGUAAUAUUAAUGUUUUGAAUAGGAUUAAUAUAACAUGGCAACGAUAAAGGUUGUUAUUGGAUUAAUUGCCAUCCUUGCUAUUGUGACAUGCCGUUCACAUUUUCUGCCUAUGAAAUUUAAACUAUCUGGAGACGCUCAUUUGUCCAUUCCAGUCAUUAAAUACCAAAUAGGAAAUGUGCCAAACUUUCCCAAACAAUUUCUUGCUCCAUCAAUCCUUGGUUUUGGAAGGAAACCAUACAAAGAACACUCGGUCGUUCCGGUACAAGAACCAUUCCAAACAAAGGGUUCAGAAACAACGAAUAUAAAUAAUUAUUAUCAUCACACUACGGCUGAUACUCCUCAGCUUACGGAAAAUACCCUCAAUGAUGACACAUCUUCAUCAACGGAUAUUAGAAUAGAAACUACCACACAAACAGAUACUACUACAGAUACAGAUACCUCUACUGAUAUUUGGACAACAACCGAAGACUUUGAUGAUACUAUCUCAAAUAGGAUUUCACCACAAGUGGUUGCUUCAUUGCUGGGUUAAAAAACAAAAAUAGUUUAUUUAAAAACGAAAGACUUUAAAGCAGAUUCUCAACGCGAAUUAUUAUUAUUCAUCCCGUUUUUUUCAAAGGCUUUACAGCGAACGUGAUCAUAGACUGACGCGUCUAAAUCCAUUAAAAGGUCUUCAAUUUCGAUAAUUUAUUUUUUUUGUAAUAUAUCAAUAACUAAUGCUCGUGCAAGAUCAAACGCAAAGCAAAAAACAAAUAGUUUAUUUUUCCAUAUUUUUACAUGUUACAUGACAAAUUUGUGUAUCAAGGAAAACUCUGAAGAAUUCCGCAACGUCUUGAAGGUUGUACAUGUAAUAUGAGUUUAAUAAUUUCCCAUCAUCAUCGUAAUCCUGGUACAAUAAACUUGAAGUUUUUUUAGGGUACCGAGUUCUUAGUGCAGCGUCACUAUUUAUAAUUAAAACUGUCUUGCGUUUCACCUUCUGUACGGGGUUUGAUGUAUUUUUGAAUUCAAUUACCGAGGUUUUGCUAUAGUGAAACCGUAUCAAUGUAAAUAGAAAAUAUUUUAUAUUAAUAUUAAAAUAAAUAUUAUAAUUAACUUUUAA